AUGGCUGCCACUUCGUCGCAGUCGCUCUACCAGAGCGCUGCCAUCUUCGCCGGUGGCCUCGCCAUCGGCGCAGGCACCCUCGCGCUCUCGCGUGCUGCCUUCGCACCCGCUCACAAGCCCAACAAGUCCAUCAAGCGCAAGGUCUCGGACGCCAAGCUGCGUUCCGCCCCGUCCGCGCCCGCUGCUGCUGCUGCUGCGGCUGCUGCUCCCACCCAGGCCAAGGCUGACACCACCCCGUCCACGGGUAAUGGUCGCGUCGACCCUCCUGCCUCGCAGCAGCUCGACCAGGUCGACGCCAAGGGCGCUGGCCCCGCCGCCCCCGCCAAGGAGCAGCUCCCCGGCCACGUUGCUCCCAACGGCGUCGACGCUACCGCCGGUGGCCAGAAGCUCACCGGCCUCGUCAACGCCCAGCCCGUCAACGCUGCCGUUCCCGAGCCCGCUCCCGCCAACCGCGCCCAGCACCUCGAUGCUCGCAUGGACCUCGGCCUCGUCCAGGGCCCCACCGAAGCAGAGAUCGCCGCCAAGCUCGCCGCCCAGUCCUGGCUGCUCGGCAUCCCCAGCGCCACGCUCACCAGCACCGGCGCCAUCGACUCCAUCGCCUACGCCAACAGCACCGCCGUCUUCAGCUACGAGAGCGAGACCAACGGUGGCUUCGGCUCCUUCAGCGAGAACGAGGCCAAGCUGGCCGCCGAAAAGGGUUGGUUCAAGGGUCGCGCCUCGGUCUUCAAGAUGCAGACCCGCUCCGGCGCCGGCAACGCCAUCGUCGGCUACCUCAACGCCAAGGGCGGCUCCUCGUCCACCGAGCCUGCCAAGGUCGUCACCGCCCUCACCAACGCCGCCGGCUUCGCCGCCAUGGCUCCCACCCUCGCCUCGUACAACGGCUCGGACAACGCCAAGCUCGUCCUCCAGGUCUCCGCCGCCAGCCACUCCACCGACGGCGCCGACGAGCUCUCGAUCACCAACGACUACGCCUCCGUCCUCGCCGCUGCCGCCACGCUGGGCGACGCCUACGAGGUCGUCCUCUCCGCCACCCGCCAGGAGGCCGUCGACUUUGCCCAGUACGCCUACCAGUCGAACAAGAACGUCGUCCACGUCUUCGACGGUGCCUUUGCUGGUCGCGAGGUCGGCACCCUGGCCAUGACCACCAAGGGCCAGAAGGUCGACGUCCCCGAGCCCUUCCUCUUCACCGGCUCGCCCAAGGCCAAGACUGUCCUCGUCGUCCCCAACGGCUCGCACAGCCAGGCCGCCCGUGCCGUCCUCGUCACCCUGCCUCCCGCCGUGCGCCACAACGUCGCCCUCCUCUCCGUUCGCACCCUCGCUUCCUGGGACGAGACCGACCUGCGCAAGGCCCUGCCCAAGUCCGUCGAGAGCCUCCACGUCCUCGAGCAGGUCCUUGGCGGCGCCGCCUCCGGCCAGCUCUACGACGACAUCGUCUCGUCCGUCUUCGGCACCGAGUUCAGCGGUUCUGACGUGCCUUCCCACGUCUUCCCCGUCGCCCUCGCUGCUGGUCAGGAUCUCACCGCCGCCGAGCUGCACAAGCUGCUCGAGACGCUUGGCGAUGCCCACAAGGCUGCGCUCAAGGUGCAGGACGUGCUCGACGAGGCCGACGAGAGCCACGCCGACCUCCUCGCCCUCUCGGGCGCCUCGGUCGUCACCUUCUUCGACACCGAGACGAGCCCCACCGCUCCCCUCGCCCAGCUCACCGCGCGCGCCAUCCGCGACCGCGGCGCCGACACCCAGCUCAACGCCCGUCUGCUCUCACGCUUCGACAACUUCGAGGCCUCGGGCAUCGUCCGCUCCGACAUCAUCCUCUCGAGCCGUCCCGAGUCGGCUGCCGACGCCCCCAUCGUCCUCGCCGCCGAGGAGAACGCCGCCAAGGUGCUCGUCGUCAGCGAUCCGGCCACCACGCUCAAGAGCUACGCCCCCUUCCAGUCUCUGGUUCGCGGCGGGACCGUCAUCUUCAACACGCCCGGUUGGGAGGUGGCCGAGCUCGACUCGAAGCUGCGUGCCGAGGACAAGCGCGUGCUCGCCCAGAAGAGCGCCCGACUCCUCCUCGUCGACGCUGCCGCCGUCGUCGAGAAGCUCAACGUGAAAACCGCCAACGCCAGCGGGGGCAAGGCCAAGGUCGGCGACAACGUCGUCCCCGCCGAGAUCGCUGCGGCCGUCCUCCUGAUCGCCGUGCUGCGUGUGCAGCUCAACACCUCGGGUGCCGCCCUCGCCGCUUUUCUCAAGCGCGUUCUUGGAACCGCUCCCGUCGGCAUCGACGGCGUCGAGGGCCUUGUCUCGGCUGCCGAGAGCGCCAUCCAGCUGCAUGCCUUCAGCGACGACGAGUGGUCCAAGGCCCAGCCCAUCUCCGAGGCCGAGGAGAACGCGCCUCUGCGUCCCACCCAGAUCCGCUACAACGGCUUCGGCCCCAACCCCGAGGCAGCCACGGUGGGCACUGAGCUCGCCCCCGUGCGCACCACCUGGGCCCAGUCGGCCUGGCAGCACCUCUUCUCCGAGGCCUACGACACGGCCGCCGAUGCCCUCCGCCCCGACCUGCCCGAGCAGACCUGGGUCGUCGAGGUCACCGAGAACCGCCGCCUCACUCCCGUCGACUACGACCGAAACGUCUUCCACAUGGAGCUCAGCACCAAGGGCACCGACCUCAAGUACGAGGUGGGCGAGGCGCUCGGUGUGCACGGCUGGAACGACGCUGAGGAGGUCGCCGAAUUCAUCCGUUGGGCCGGCUUCGACGCCGACGAGAUUGUCAACGCUCCCAGCCUCACCCAGGCGGGCAAGCACGAGGCUCGCACCGUCUUCCAGACGCUGCAGCAGAACCUCGACAUCUUUGGCAAGCCGCCCAAGCGCUUCUACGAGGAGCUGGCCAAGCUGGCCACCAACCGCGACGAGGCUCGCUGGCUGCGCUUCAUCAGCUCGGCCGAGGGCUCGUUCACGUUCAAGAAGCUCUCGGAGAUCGAGACGCUGACGUACGCCGAUGUGCUGCGCAUGUUCCCCUCUGCGCGCCUGCCCAUCGACCAGCUGCUCACGCUGGUGGAGCCCAUCAAGCCGCGUCACUACUCGAUCGCUUCGGCCCAGUCGGCUGUAGGCGAGUCGAUUCACCUGCUCAUUGUCACGGUGGAUUGGAAGACGCCCAGCGGCAGCCCGCGCUUCGGCCAGUGCACGCGCUACCUGAGCGAGCUCAAGCCAGGUGCCAAGGUCACCGUGUCGCUCAAGCCGUCGGUGAUGAAGCUGCCGCCCAUUGACACGCAGCCCAUCAUCAUGGCGGGUCUGGGUACCGGCGCGGCUCCCUUCCGCGCCUUCAUCCAGGCUCGUGCGCACAAGAAGGCGCAGGGCAUCGAGGUGGGACCGCUGGUGUACUACUUUGGCUCGCGUUACCGCUCGGCCGAGUACCUGUACGGCGAGGAGCUCGAGGCGUACACGCAGGACGGCGUCAUCCAGCACAUGGGUCUCGCCUUUUCGCGUGACACGUCCAAGAAGGUGUACAUCCAGCACAAGAUCCUCGAGGACGGCGACCUGCUCACGCAGUACCUGGGUCCCGAGAUCGAGAAGCUCGAGGCUGCUGGUGGCAAGGCCGAGUUGGUGCUGCAGGACGGCCUGAUCAACGACGAGGACAUCGAGGAUGGCAAGAAGGGCUACUUCUUCGUGUGCGGCCCCACGUGGCCCGUGCCCGACAUCCACGAGGCUCUGGUGGGCGCCUUUGUCAAGAAGGGCCUCACCAAGGACCAGGCCGAGAAGAAGAUGGAGGCGCUCAAGGAGGACGAGCGAUACGUCCUCGAGGUGUACUAG